GGAAAUUUCUAGAAGAUUAGCAUCUGCAACUUCUAGGGGAAAGCCUCAAGAUGUUGGCCAUCGCCCUCUUAGUCCUUCUUUGUGCCUCGGCAUCUGCUAAUUCCAUUCAGUCCAGGUCCUCCUCUUUCAGUGGAGAGUAUGGAGGUAAAGGAGGAAAGCGAUUCUCUCAUUCUGGCAACCAGCUGGACGGCCCCAUCACUGCGCUCCGUAUCCGUGUCAGCAGAAACUUCAUAGUAGGUCUCCAGGUGCGCUAUGGCACAGUGUGGAGUGACUAUGUAGGUGGCAAAUCUGGAGAACUGGAGGAGAUCUUUCUGCACCCCGGGGAAUCUGUGAUCCAGGUGACUGGAAGGUACAAAUAUUAUAUGAAGCAACUGACCUUCGUGACAGACAAAGGCCGCUACCUGCCUUUUGGAAAAAACUCAGGCACAAGUUUCACCGCUGUUCCCUUGCACCCCAACACUGUCCUCCGUUAUAUUAGUGGCCGAUCUGGCUCUGUCAUAGAUGCUAUUAGCCUGCACUGGGAUACCUACCCUAGCCAGUGCAACACUUGCUGAAACCCACCUUCCUCUCUGGCAGGGGUGCUGUGGUGGGUGUGAGAACUCCCUUAUCACCAAGCCCCAAGCAAGCAUGGAAAUGGCUUAAUAAAAGGAUAUGGUUAAAGACAGUGUUUUUUCCACAUCCUAAUUCUAGUA